UUCUAUCUUUGAAUCCUAAGUGCAAAAUAUUUCAGUAUUAUUUAACGUUGUAAAAUUGGAAAUAAAGGGUUUUCUUUACGGCGCUAAUCUAGAACAACACUUAUGGACCGUACAAAAGUUUCCAAAUAUUGAUAAACAAAAAAGCGAGGUUAUGUAACUCGAGCCCUAAUAAUUAUGCAAAAAAGUAUUGUCUACAUUCUACUAAUUACUCACUCGAUAAUUUGCGAUAACGUUGAUGUAAACGGUCCCGAAUUUGCCGAACAGCUAUAUAUAAAGCUGUUCAAGCGAAGACGUGCCGAACAGCUCGAGGCGGUCAAGAGCUUCAAAAAGAUCGGCAACUACGAGAAACAGUACUCGAUGAUAUUCCUGAUGGCGGAGAAGGUGUUCGCGACCGUUCAGGAGAGCCGAGCGCAAAUAGAAUCGUCCGGUUUCAUUCCCGGCAUCUCGCAUUUUCCCACGGAGGCAAAAACGCGAGACGCCCUCUCGAACAUUUUGGAAAACACCGCCCUGUUUUCCGACGUCAUCUUACGUUUCCCCGAAAUAAGCACGACCGUACUCAAACUGAACAAUAACUGGGAUCUCCUGUUGCGGUGGUGCAUUAUUUUCUGUAACGAAGUGCGCUAUUUGUUAGACACGAGUACCGUUAAGCUUAUCAAUUUGGUUAGUCAGGAAUUGAAUCAUACGCAACGAGAUCCCGAUUAUAUAAAUCCGUAUCGGAAAACGGUCAGUAAAGAUAUCGUAAGGGAGGAUGUUAAAGUUGAUAAGAAGAAGAAGCGGAAGGAGAUUAAGAAAGGACCGAGGCUAACCGAGUUGUAAACUGUGCCUUCUAUACAGGGUGUCAUUAAUGUAAGGGUGGUGGUGGGUUGCAAUCGGGCACAUUUGAAACUCUUCCUUCGCACAAUUUUCUUCGUAGCUAGCGAGUUUUGAAACCCAAAAUCUUGAAUUCGGCUAGUUGGAGUUUGCUCAUUACAAAGUGCUACUGCCACCUGUGAACAUCCUGUAUAAUUUUUUACCAAAGUAUUUACAAUUUUGAUUCCACAUUGCAACUUAUUGUAACUUUAUGCAUUUAUUAAUUAGGACAUUAUUACAGGUAAUUUACUCUAACAGUAUACAUUGUCAAUUAUUAGAAUUAAGUCUAACUCGUGAUGUACAUAUAUUUUGUAAAUGACACUUUUAAACAGAUACAUAAAUCUACAGAAGAUAACAAUACUUAUACAAUUCGCUUCUUGGAUGAACCUCAAAAAGUUAAACUUCAAAAUAUGUCAACAUUAUUUAACAAAACGGAAGCGUCAGUUAUUUUUUGUCGGUUAGAAAAAUACAUGUUUCAAUAAUACCUCUACGUUUUACUAUUACAUUUUAUUAAUAAAUAGUCACCUUUUAAUUCAUCACAGACUACAAUAAUUUAAUUUUGUGUUUAUAUCAUUAAAAUCUCAAAAAUACUUAAAACUAUGACCCGAAUGGAGAAAUAAAAAUUACAAAAAACCUAAUUCAAAAACAUUAUUGAGGUCGGUGAAUUUUUUUAAAUAUUAUUAUACUGGUCUUACCACGAUAUUGUACCUUUU